AUGGAGGCCGACAUAGCGGAACUUGGCAGCAAUCUUUCGGAUCUUUCCAUUCAAAACCAGCUAAGUGAUACAGACUGCGGUAGCGACAUAUCCGGAGGGGACUUGGAUGAGAUUUUCAAUACUUCUGAAAGUUCUGAAGAAGAUGAAUAUGUUACGGAUGGAUCGAAUAACUGCCAAGUAAAUUCGAAUAUAGUUGGGAAGAACAAUUCCGGCUCAACAGAAAAUAGCUCUAACGGAUAUGAUUCGGACAAAAAGGAAGGUUCUAGUGAAUGCAGCGACGAAACACUUACAACUAGCAUCGACGAAGAGGAGGAUGUCCCGGAGGUGGAUUCAAAAGUCGAAUCGACUGAUCGUGGAGGUGGUGAUGCUGAUCUACAUUUUAAUUAUGAUGUUGUGACCGUUGCGGAUGAAGGCACAAGCUGCGGAACCAUAAAAGUUAAAAUUCUUACCAGGAAACGCCAGCAUGAUCCAGAGGCCUACCAAAAGUGGAUACUAGCGAAAAAUGAAGAAAUCCGCCAAAAACGUGAAAUGGAAAAACUUCGUGCCCAGGAAGUAGAAGAGCAAAGGCGACGCGAGGAAGAAAAACGGAUGGAAAUCAACAACGCCAAGGUUCAACAGUGGAUGCAACGUAAGAAACAAAAUGCGUCCCAGGGAACAAAGCCAACUUCACUUCAGGCAACCACCCCAUCCUGUACCGAGCAGUUUAUUCAAAACAAUGCGGAUGUCCGGUUUAAGACAUGGUUGAAAAGAGUCAAACAACAAGAAGAAGAAAAAAGGGCAAAAGAGAUCAUGCAAGAGCAACUGCAAAAGCAUGCACGUGAUUAUAAAAAGAAGGUUUCGGAGGAAAUCUAUAAAGAAUGGUUGAAAUCGUCCAAGAACAAACCGCGUCCGGUACCCUUGAACCAAGGGCCGCAUACAUUGCGGGGAACUGUUUCGAAGAUUUUCGUCAACCCACAGCCAUGGAAAAGUCCCUGCGAUGAGGGCUCGAACUAA